AUGGAUUAGGUCACUAUUUGGCUUCACCAAUCACCUGGCCUUUCCUAAAGCAUCUUUAUUUCUAUUCCAUGGUUGAAAACUCACCUAAAAGUAGAAACCCCAAAAUCAUCUCUCAUCAUCCUUUUUAAAUCUAGGGUUUCCAAUUUUGCUCCUUUUCUACACAACAAAAUCUCUCUCUCUCCCUGUCUCUUGAAUUGCUGCUACAGAUCUGAGAAAAACAAAAAAGUAAUCAAUGGUGAGAGGGAAGACUGAGCUGAAGAGAAUCGAAAACGUGACGAACAGACAGGUUACAUUCUCGAAGAGGAGAAGCGGUCUGCUGAAGAAGGCAUUUGAGCUUUCAGUUCUGUGUGAUGCUGAAGUUGCUCUCAUGGUCUUCUCUUCCACUGGAAAAUUAUGUGAAUUCUCAAGUUCAAGCAGUGGGAUCAAUAAGACCAUAGACAGAUAUAUGGCAAACGCUGCCGUUUCAAGUGGGAGCAACAUGGAAGAAAAUCUCAAGCUAACGACAGAUGAUCAGAGCAGUGAUGAUUUGCUUAAGAAGAUAGAGUUUCUAGAAGAAUCUAAGAGACUCUUGGGACAGGGCUUAGAUUUUUGUUCAACGGAAGAGUUAGAUCAGCUCGAACGACAGUUAGAACAUAGCUUAAGAAGCAUCAGAGCUACGAAGACUAAAUUAUUGAACGAGCAGAUUGAUCAGCUCAAGGAACAGGGGAAGAAACUGACUAGAGAAAACGCAGAGUUAAGGAAGAAGAGUGAGAUACUGUAUUUGACAGCUGCGCCGCCGCUACCUGUCACGGUGGAAACCGCUUUAUUCAUCGGACCACCUUCCCAAACGCACCGGCAAACGCCAUGAAUAUAUACAUAUCAUUCAUAUUUAUAAAACAACUUAGGUGUCACAAAAUAUAAAUAUUGUUAAAAGAAAGAAUUUGGACAUAGAAUUGAAGAAUAUAGAGUGUGUGGCUGAAAUUGAAGAUUUGUAUUGAGUUGUGUAUUGUUACAACUUGCAAUAGUACUCCUUUUAAACUAUUUAUAGGUAGUUUUGGAACUUAUAGGACUGAUUGAUUAUCCAUAUUUGCACAGAUUUGUUUUAAACUAUUUGUAACAAUAAUCUUAAUUA